UCGUAACAAUUUUGACAAGUUUAUUCGCCAUCGUGGCGACGGUUUAACUCUUCAAAGGCCUCAAUCUAAGUCCUGACCCAAUUUCAAGCUAGACUAUUGAGGAUUUUUAUCAAAAAAAUGUCUAUAGAACAGGGAUCAAUGCUUCUUUCGCAGAAAAAGACACCACUAUGUGCGCGAUGCAAGCACCAUGGUGUUCGGACCACACUGAAAGGGCAUAAAAGAUUUUGUAAGUGGAAGGAUUGUGAGUGUCAAAACUGUAUUUUGAUAACUAAGAGAAGACGGAUAAUGGCUGCCCAAGUAGCUAUAAGACGGCGAACAAAUGAUCGGCUGCUUGUGGAGGAUUCGCAGCAGACAGCGUGUAAACAAGAUUUUCGGUCUUCACGUGCCCUACCCAAAAACUCCUCAGACCACCCAGAACCGUCGGGCUUUAAGGCAGCUCCACGACUUGCCGACUGCAACAGGGUAACGAGAAGUUUGGGGAUUCUUGCAAGCCUAUUCCCAGAUGUCUCUGAGAUAUUCCUAUCGACUCUGUUAGAAGCACGUGACUUUGAUCUGUUGUCAACCCUUGAGACAUUGAUUGGCAUGGCCAGACAAGGAAACAUUGUUCUCGGUUCAUUUCCCUCUGUCAUAAUACAUCCAGUCAUCACACUGGCAGGCAACACACAACCGUGGAAUGACUAUGCUGCAGCUCAGGCUUUGAUGUCUCUUUCCAGUUAAUGGAGAAGUUUCCAUGGACACCAGAAAAGGGUUUUUUUGUGUAUUGUCACUCUUAAGCACUAUUUGGAGUGUAACAGGUUUAGUUUUCAAAAUAGUUGUGUUCAAUGAUCUUGAAAAACAGACAUUAUUUUGUAUAGUUUUCAUAAACAUUGUGUUGAUGGCUGGCCAUUUAUAAAAAAAAAAUGCCUGUUUUCCACGCAUGGUUGCAUUGAACUGUUGUUUUCUGGGUACCAAGCAGAUUGCACAACUGAAAAAAAUGUUAGACACAAAUGGUAAUAAUUAAAUUGUUUAAUGUCUUGGCUUGCUGGCAAGUUUGUAUUAAGGUUGAUUUAAUUAGAGCUUCAUGAAACAGAGUACAUAUUACCCUUUCAACCAAUUUUGAAUAAAUUGACACUGAAAUGUUUUUGUCCAUCUUUGUGAUGUUUUAUCUUUGUAACAAAAUUUGUUCUUUAUUUGCAUUUAUGACUUCUGUACAGGUAAUGUAUGAAUCUAAGAUUGUUUAAUACCUUUAAUUAUUUACACAAAUCCAUUCUAUAUCAAGGGAGACAGUCUUUUAAAUUCAUAAAUUAAAAAAGAAAAACCAUCUGUGAUUCAAAUCCCUAAAGGAAAUCUUCAUUAUUUCAAAAUUUUUACAUGUUUCUUGCAACAAUACUCUGCAAUAAAACAUACACUAAUUCAUUCCAAGUGGUCUACAUGUAAUUGGCUGGAGAUCAACUAGUUCACAUACUUGCAUCUAAGAAAUUUGCCAAUUAUUUCAUUGAGAAAUCUUACUAAAGCAUACACAGUCUAUGUCUGAGGCACAUGAUUCUAACAGAAUACAUUUCCAAACCAAAGAAUUUGGGUAUUAUGCAACAUUUACAGACUGAGAGAGGAGAAUAAAACUUAGAAUGAAACAAUGGACUAGAAAUCUUAAUGAAUUUUUCUAGAUUUACAGUAAUAUUAAUCUAAUGCAGCUGUAAGUUCUAACAUUUGUGUUAAAAUUCCAUCAACACCCUAGCUGAUUCCUCUGCUUUUGUUGCCAUUCAACCCAUAACAAAAUAAAAUGCAAUAAUCUAAA